CUCCGGUUACGCCGAGGCACGUGUGCAGUCCCGGAAGCGGCUCCGGGAAGCUGCCCAGCGCGCGCCGCGGGAGGGAGCGCAGCCUGGUCCGCUCGGGUUGGGUCCGGCUGGGCCAUGGAGCCGUUGGCUGAGCCCGCUCCCCGGCCCGGGCCUGGGCCCCGCUGUGUCCUGCUUCUCCCCCUGCUGCUGCUGCUGCUGCCCGCGCCGGACCUGGGCCCGAGGCAGGCCCAGGCCGAGGAGACCGACUGGGUUCGACUGCCCAGCAAAUGCGAAGUGUGUAAAUAUGUCGCCGUGGAGCUGAAGUCAGCCUUCGAGGAGACUGGCAAGACCAAGGAGGUGAUUGACACUGGCUAUGGCAUCCUGGACCGGAAGGCCUCCGGAGUCAAGUACACCAAGUCGGACUUGCGGUUAAUCGAAGUCACUGAGACCAUUUGCAAGAGGCUCCUGGACUACAGCCUGCACAAGGAGAGGACCGGCAGCAACCGCUUUGCCAAGGGCAUGUCAGAGACCUUUGAGACGCUGCACAACCUCGUACACAAAGGGGUCAAGGUGGUGAUGGACAUCCCCUACGAGCUGUGGAACGAGACCUCUGCAGAGGUGGCCGACCUCAAAAAGCAGUGCGACGUGCUGGUGGAAGAGUUUGAGGAGGUGAUCGAGGACUGGUACAGGAACCACCAGGAGGAGGACCUCACUCAGUUCCUCUGCGCCAACCACGUGCUGAAGGGCAAGGACACCAGUUGCCUGGCAGAGCAGUGGUCUGGCAAGAAGGGGGACACAGCCGCCCUGGGAGGGAAGAAGUCCAAGAAGAAGAGCAGCAGGACCAAGGCUUCGGGCAGUGGCAGCAAACAGAGGAAGGAGCUGGGGGACCUCGAGGGAGACCCCAGCCCCGAGGAGGAUGAGGGCAUCCAGAAGGCAUCCCCGCUCACACACAGCCCCCCUGAUGAGCUCUGAGCCUAACCCAGUGCCCCUGUACCAAGAGCCGUGACCGGGCAGCUGAAGAGCUGGGGCAUGGCGCCAGCAGGCAGAGACAGCUCUCCUGGCCUUGGGGCCUCCCUGCCUCAGCUGUGCCCUCUUCCUCACGGGGACAGACACGAGCUGGGAAGAACUCAGAUGGGCUGCCAUCAGCACGCGCUGGCCUUUUCCCUCUGCUGAGCGUUUCUCUCCUGACCCAGGCUUCAGGCAGGCCGUGCGAUUGCAGGCCUGCCAAGGGUGCUGGUGUGAACGCAGGAGGGGCAGGUGUCGAGCUGGACCCCAGGACUGGAGCCUUCCGGAGCCCUGCAGAGGUCACACCUGGCCUUCACCUCCCCUCACUCCUCCCCUACAGGGAAGCAAGAUUGCAGGCCCCAACUCCUCCUCUCUGCUCACCCCCUCCUGUGGACACCUUGUGCUCUGCCCGGCCCUCCCCAGGGCUCACAGAGUAAAAACCUUUUGGUCUUUUUUGUUCCGA